UAUCAAAAAAGAAAAGGCUUUAAUGAAUAGAAAUUUAUAAAAAAAAGUGAAGAAAAGUUUAUUAUAAAAAACCCUGCCACCUGCGCUUAAAAUAAAAAAAAUAUUUUUAAAGCCCAUCUUGCUGUCUAUAUUAACAUUUUUAUUUCAAAUAUAUUUACUUUUGUGUAUAUAAAAAUAAAAUAAAUAUUAUUUUUAUAAAAUUAAUUUAUAUUCAGCUUUAAAACACAAAAAUAAAUUUAAAAUAUAAGUUUAAAAAAUGUUCUUUUUUUUUGGUCAAAAAAUAAUUUAACCAAAAAAUAAUAUUUCUGAAUGUUUUAACUUUUUGAAGUUAUUCCAUUUGGUUGAUAAUAGAUUUCAAUUAAUAUUUUGGAGCAAUUUCAAAUUUAUUUUGCCUUAACUUUUUGGAAUUUUGUAGAUGUUUUUUUACAGGAUUUUAUUAUUUUAUUUUACACGCGUCCGUUUCUUUUAUUUUUUACAUUUUUAUUCAUUUACCCUUGCCCUUUCUUUUCAAUCUGAAAGCUUCCGCCCAUUCAUUGCUUUACAACAAAAUUUUCAAAAAAAAUCCUUCAGUUUUUCUCGUAAAAAUAAAAUGUUCUUACGUGUAUAUACACAAAUAAAUUCUUCCAUUUUGCCAUCUUUUUUUGUUUGUCAUUUUAUAAAGUGGAAGAAGCAUUAA